GGGGCAGGGAGUAUUCCUAGAAACAACAAAACAAGUUAUAGAAAUGGACUGCCAUUUUUCUGUCUGGGCAGUUUUGGCCUUUCUGAGCUUGUCUCUGGUCGUUUCGUUGAUACUGAACAUUUCACACUAUAUGAAAAAGAAGAAAGCUAAAAAAUAUAAAGACUAUGAAGACAACAGUCCAAGCUAUGAUGACUAUUACACAGAAGAUGACCCAGUUUAUGGGAAUCUCAAUCAAGAUAUUUUAGAGGAAUGUUGUUACGAGCAGAUGAAGUCCCAGCCUCAAAGGCCAGUUAACCAACUACAGGUGGAGUCUGCCAGUCAGAUGUGUUAUGCCUCACUUGAUCACAGCGUCAAGGGAAAACGCAGAAAACCAAGGAGAAACAAAAACCCUUCAUUACAGGAGGAUCGAGAAGAAAGAUCAUCUACCACUGCCACAAUGGCUUCCAAAGUCAGCAUUUACCUCAACAGUGAGCAGCUGGCUGCUGAAAACACAGAACAUGUAGAAGCCAUUCAUGAUGAUCCCAUCAGAUUAAUGGGUUUGAUGCAUACUACAGGAGGAGAGAACAUCUGA